AUGAAGGUGUAUGAGGCAGUGAUCUACCGCAACGGCAGCACGGUUGUCAGGGCCAAGUGUGAAGGUAUGUGUGUCCGCAGAGACGCGCCUGCAACUACGCUGACGAUUAGAGCGCCCUACGUGUUUGCCACGAGGCCGUCGGACAAGUUGGCGGUCACGUCGUGUUCGCCAAGUUGUCGUGUGGUCAAGUCGGAGUUGGUGAAGAGGCAUGUGACGCGGGAGGCGUUGAUCGAGACGCUGAGUCCGGAGAUUAGAGACUUGUACGCGACGCUCAAGCUGAAAUUGCGCGAACACGCCACACAGUGCAACCAGUUGCAGUGUCUUGAGAGCCGCAAAGAGGCGCUGGAAAAGCUCGCCGAUAAUAUGGCUGACCCACGCGCCAUCGUGUCCGCCAUGGGCUUCAUGAAAAGACCCUUCCGGUACGGCCCUGGCCCGUGGAUGAGGGGCCCUGGCCCCUGUAUGAGGGGGCGGGGGGGCCCUUGGAUGAGGGGACGGGGAGGGCCUGGGAUGAGGGGACGGGGGGGGCCGGGUGUGAAUGGCCGAUGCGCGAGAGGCCCGGGCAGGGAAGGCAGGGGACGUCAGGGCAGAGGGCGUCAGUUCCAGGGCGCCCCUGUGUUUGACCGCACGGUGGACAACGCCAUGGUGCUCGAAGAAGAAGACUGCGGCCCGGAGGAACCGCUGGACCAGCGGCUCAACCCUGUCACGGCCGUGGGGAACGACACCGCCAUAGACCAGGAGGUCGCUAGCGACGACUCGUCCUCUUUCUCAGAGGAGCUCGCCGAACUGGCGUGGGGUGAUGGUGAUGGCAAUGGGGACGACGAAAGCCAGGAGGAUGGCGAGGGUGAGGAUGGAGCGAAAGGGACUGCAGAGGCCACGGAGACAGCAGAGACGUCAGGAAGGAAAGGCGGAGAAGGGUGUAGGAGGAAAGGCGGAGAGGAGAGAUGGCGGAAGGGCCGUCGCGGUGUGGUGGGUGUGGUAUGUCGGGUGAUGACACAGGCGGCGGAAGAGGUGAGUCGGCUCGACCUAGAGUUGAUUGACUUGCACACGCAGGCGGAUUUCCUGAAGGAUGAGAUAGUGACGUUAUCAUAUCAACUGGAUCAGGAGCUGGGUCUGAUGGUGCGUCAGCCGUUGGCCCGUCAGAAGCCGAUGGCUACUGACGCACUGCAGCAGCUCAUGGCUCGGGUGGAGGUGCCCAGGUGCGAAGUCAUGCACGAUAUUCAGGCGAUUGUCGAACCCGUGCAGCGUCGGCAGGAUGCUGCCAUGGAAUCGGCACUUGGAGCGGAUUCGGCACCUGGAGCGGAUUCGGCACUUGGAGCGGAGACGGGAGCGGAGACGGGAGUGGAAAGGGGAGCGGAAAGGGGAGCGGAGGCGGGAGCGGAUGACUUGAUUGUAGACCUGGAUCUUGAGUUCUUGUUGGGUAAUAGUAGCUGGCAUCCGGUGUAUGACUUUAAGUUUGUUGGCGACAACUUGGAGACGUGCAAGGUAGAUUACUAUGCCGAGGUGGUUCAGCAUACGAGGUUGGACCUGUUGGGUGACGUAAGUGUGUAUUUGAGUUCAGGUGGUGUGAAUGAGAAGCCUAGUCCUGAUCCGCAGGAGAAAUUGUUCGUGGACAUUAAGGAGCCGGUCCGCCGGGUUCCGAUGCCGCGUCCUAUGGCGCGUAUGUUGGUGGCGGAAGUAGCGGAGGAACAAGACGGGAAGGAGCGGAGUCACAGGGCCCGGAGGGCGGCGCAUUCUGGGUCGGAUCACUUUGGUAACCAGCGAGUGUUGUUGGCGGAGGGUACAGUGGUGAAGUCGAAGGGAGGGCCACAGAGGUUGUGUUUGGCGUCGUUCGAGCUGCCUUCUAGAAUUUACCAUCAGGUAUUCGCUAAUAAUCCGACGGCUGCGUACCGUGCGUUUUACAUCACCAACCAGUCGGAGUUUACACUGAUGAACCAUGCCACAGCCAACGUCUUCAUAGCCUCCCAAUUUAUCGGCGCAAGCAGACUCCACGACUACUGCCUCCCAGACGCCGAAGUAUGUCUCUAUGGCGGCAUAGACGAAGCCGUCAACGUUAAAUGUCUCACCGACGGUAAUGAGACUUACAACUCCACUACUGGAAACCUACUUGUAGGAAACGGUAAAAAGGAAACCAGAUCAACCAAAUUGCAUAUACACAAUACACAUGAAGAUGUAGAUAUCAAUCUCAUCAUAUCAUACCCCUUCCCCAGCGUCAAAAACGAAGCUAUCAAGGUCACCGUCCAAGAUUUAACCAUCACAAAAAAUUUGCAAACCUGCACUUACCACACUGACGUACUUGCAGCACACAAAAAUCAACAGACUAAAUUCUUGCACAACGAGACUACCGGCUCCGUCAUUGAACAUAGGGAACUGAAGAAAAAGGACGAAUUCGACACUGUCGGACUCGUGUAUGCCAUUGAAUACCCUAAGGACCAAGAGAUCACCAUAACUUUUUAA